CACUCUCCACAUCUACAGUGUGCACUUCUUUAGCUUCAAGAGAAUAAAAGGAGAAAAAAAAAAAGAGGCUGCUCCUAACUCCAGCCAUGGCGACGCCACCGUCGGGCCGCGGCGGCGCCCUCAUCAACGAGGUGCUCACCGAAGAUGAGCUCCGCGCGGUGCUCACCCGGCUGGGGCCCGAGGCGGAGCGCGACGCGUUCGGGCUCGUGUGCCACCGCUGGCUCCAGAUCCAGAAUUCCGAGCGGCGGCGCCUGCGCGCGCGUGCCGGCCCGGACAUGCUGCGCCGCCUCGCUGCGCGCUUCACGGGCAUCCUCGAGCUCGACCUCUCCCAGUCGCCCUCCCGCUCCUUCUACCCCGGUGUCAUCGACGACGACCUUGACGUCAUCGCGGGGAGCUUCCGCAGUCUGCGCGUCCUCGCGCUGCAGAAUUGCAAAGGUAUCUCUGAUGUUGGAGUGGCCAAAUUAGGAGAUGGACUGCCAUCUCUGCAGUCCCUUGAUGUUUCUCGCUGCAUAAAGCUUAGUGACAAAGGUUUGAAGGCAGUUGCACUGGGUUGCCAAAAACUGCGGCAUCUGCAUAUCACAGGUUGCAGAUUAAUAACUGAUAAUUUAUUGCUUGCUCUAUCAAAGAGCUGUUUACAACUGGAAGAGCUUGGAGCUGCAGGAUGUAACAGCAUAACAGAUGCCGGUAUCUCUGCACUAGCCGAUGGCUGCCAUCAUAUGAAAUCACUGGACAUAAGUAAAUGCAAUAAAGUUGGUGAUCCUGGAGUCUGUAAAAUCGCUGAGUUUUCUUCAUCAUGCUUGGUGUCACUAAAGCUGUUGGACUGCAGCAAAGUGGGGGAUCAGUCAAUCUGUUCAUUAGCUAAGUUCUGCCAUAACCUAGAGACUCUUGUCAUUGGUGGAUGUCGGAACAUUAGCGAUGCAUCCAUAGAAGGACUUGCUCAUGCCUGCUCCAGCAGCUUAAGGAGCCUAAGAAUGGACUGGUGCUUAAAAAUAACAGACAUGUCAUUGCGAAGCCUGCUAUCUAACUGUAAACUUCUUGUGGCUAUUGAUGUUGGGUGCUGUGACCAAAUAACGGAUGCGGCAUUUCAGGACAGGGAAGGAAAUGGGUUUCAGUCUGCAUUGAAAGUUUUGAAAAUCAGCAGUUGUGUUAGGCUCACAGUUGCAGGAAUCAGCAGUGUGAUUGAAUCAUGCAAGGCUCUUGAGUACCUGGAUGUUCGGUCAUGUCCGCAGGUUACGAGAGACAGCUGCGAGCAAGCUGGGUUGCAGUUUCCUGGUGGCUGUAAGGUGAAUUUCUCUGGCAGCUUGUUGGAGUCUGAUCCAUCUAUUGAUAGGUUCUUCUAGGAUCUGCUAUUAGCUACCAGCAUCCAAGAUUAAUGUGAACUGUGAAUUGCUGCAUCAUGUCGACGAGUGCUUGACUGUGAUUAUCGCGUAUUAUCAAUUAAGUCUGUGCAAGGACCGGAGAACACCAUGGAUGCAAUCCAUGAGUGAUAUGCGCUGCUGAAUUCACUUGGGAUGUAAUCUAUUAUGUAUAAAGUAGCACCAGUGCCCGUGCAAUAAGUUCUCUUAACUAUGAACGUAUAUGCAUUUUGUAUUGUGGCAACUCCGACAAUGUAUUCAAUUGAAUGUACAUUGUAAUACUGCCUGCGGUCAAUGUAUUCUAGAUCUGUUAUUC